AUGAAGAGCCCGGGCUGCGUCAAAGACGUCCAGAGAUUGGCGGGAAGGCUCACCGCGCUAUCUCGCUUCCUUGGGGCGUCGGCAGCAAAGGCCCUACCUUUCUUCAACCUAAUGAGAAAGGGAAUAGCAUUUGAAUGGACCCGAGCAUGCGAAGAAGCGUUCAACCAUUUCAAAAAUAUCCUUGCAACACCACCUGUGCUCGGUAAGCCUGUGGUCGGAGAACUGCUCUACCUAUACCUAGCUAUAACGGAGGAAGCGCUGGCAGCAGUCUUGGUGUUGAAAGAAGGGAAAGUUCAACAAUCGAUUUACUUUGUAAGUAAAGCGUUGCAAGGAGCAGAACUUAGGUACAGUAAGUUGGAGAAAUUGGCACUAGCGCUCCUGACCUCUUCCCGCAGACUGCGGCAAUACUUCCAAGGUCAUCAAGUGGUCGUAAGAACGGACCAGGGAAUUCGUCAAGUGCUCCAGAAACCCGACCUAGCGGGAAGGAUGAUGACCUGGGCCAUCGAGCUAUCCCAGUACGAUUUAAGAUAUGAGCCUCGACAUGUAAUUAAGGCGCAAGCAAUGGCAGACUUUUUGGUGGAAGUGACUGGAGACCCAACCGUGGACACGGGCACACGGUGGAAGCUCCAUGUAGACGGAGCCUCCAACCAGACGUCCGGAGGCACCGGGAUUAUCUUAGAAAGCCCAGCCGGAGUCAUCUACGAACAAUCGGUCAAGUUCGAGUUUCCCAUAUCGAACAACCAAGCAGAAUAUGAAGCCCUUCUAGGCGGCUUGAUCUUAGCAGGGAAAGUCGGGGCUACGAGGCUAGAAGUAUGCAGCGACUCACAGAUCGUCACGUUGCAAGUAAAUGGAAGCUACCAAGCCAGAGACUCGCUGUUGCAGAAGUACUUGGAGAGGGUCAAAAAACUGAGCAAACAGUUUGAGGAGGUCACGGUCCAACACGUUCCGAGGGAGAGGAACACACGGGCAGAUCUCCUAUCCAAGCUAGCGAGCACGAAACUUGGAACCGGCAACCGGUCCCUCAUUCAAGGCAUCACGAAAGAACCAGCAGUUGCCCUCCACCUAACCAAGAUAAGCCCCUCCUGGAUGGACUCCAUCACUGAUUUCUUGCAGAACGGCAAACUCCCUGUAGGUGAGAAGGAAGCUAAAGCAUUGAGAAGGGAGGCUGCCAAAUACAUGAUCAUACAAGACCAACUGUUUAAAAAGGGACUUAGCCAACCCUUGCUGAAGUGCAUACACCCCGAUCAGACGGACUACGUCAUCUUGUUGGGCCUUAAGAAGCGGCUAGACAACAAGAAAGGAGCAUGGGCUGAUGAGCUCGCCUCAGUCCUCUGGUCCUACCGUACAACUGAGCAGUCCGCCACGGGAGAAACCUCCUUCCGUCUGACAUACAGGGUAGACGCAAUAAUACCCGUAGAGAUCGGCGAGCCGAGCCCACGGUUACUUCUCAAGGGGGUGGAAGAAGCUGUAGAGAAAGACCUAGUAGAUGAGACCAGGGAGAAGGCCCACCUAUCAAAAGUAGCACUAAAGCAAAGAAUGGCACUGCGCUACAACACCAAAGUGCUCAAGAAGGAAUUUGAGCAAAACGACCUCGUCCUACGGCGCAAUGACAUCGGCCUACCGACCCAGGGAGAAGGCAAACUGGCGGCAAACUAG